AUGAGUGAUGAGGUUGGGGCACUAGUUUUUGACUUUGGAUCGUAUUCUCUUCGAGGGGGUUUUGCUGGCGAAGAUAACCCUAAGAUUGAUAUUCCAUCUACUCUUGGGAUUAUUGGAAAUGAAGAAGGUCUACCAGCGAAAAGAGUCGUUGGCCAAAAUAUCUUGAUACCUCGUAAAGGAACUGACCUCCAAUCAUUUCUUAAAGAUGGAUUAAUUGAUGACUGGGAUGCUUUUGAGGAUGUUAUGAGUCACAUGCUACGGUACCUUACACCUGAAGAGGCUAGUCAUCACCCGAUACUUUUUUCGGAACCUUCAUGGAAUACAAAGUCAAAACGAGAGAAAAUUGCUGAAAUUUUGUUCGAAAAGUUUAAAGUUCCAGCAUUUUAUAUAGCCAAGAACGCUGCUUUAACUUGUUUUGCAAACGGCAGACACACUGGUUUGGUUUUGGAUUGUGGUGCUAUUCACACAUCAGCCGUCCCCGUGUACGAUGGUUUAGUUCUAACUCAAGAGGUUAUACGCUCCCCUUUGGCUGGCGAUUUUAUUGUUCAGCAGGCACAAAGGUUAAUUCUGGAUGAGCUUAAAAUAGAAGUUGUUCCAUAUUAUCGUGUCGCAUCUAAGGAGCCUGUAAAUGAACGUGAACCUGCAAAAUGGAAAGAACGGACAAAUCUACCACCUGUUUCCACAUCAUAUGAGAAUUAUAUGUUGAAAUGCCAAAUACAAGAUUUUGUGGCGUCAGUUUUACAAGUUUCUGAAGAUCGUUAUGAUCAAAGCCAAGCGGACACUUUUCCAAUGGUUGGUUAUGAGUUUCCAAAUGGAUUCAAUUUUGAAUUGGGUCAUGAACGUUUUCAAAUCCCUGAAGCUUUAUUUGAUCCAUCUAUAUUGUUAGAAGCUGGCGGUAGUUCAAUGUUAUCAAUGAGUCACAUAGUGGCUAGUAGCAUUAGUAUGUGUGAUAUUGACAUUCGACCUAGUUUGUAUAGUAAUAUCAUAGUUGUUGGUGGUAACAGCUUAAUCACUGGAUUUACUGAUAGAUUACAACGAGAUCUAAAUAUUAAAACACCACCGAGUAUGAGAUUAAAAGUUAACUUUCCUAGUACAACAGCUGAACGUCGUUAUUCCAGUUGGAUUGGUGGUUCUAUUCUAGGAUCUUUAGGUACCUUCCAACAAAUGUGGAUAUCUAGUCAAGAAUAUAAUGAAUUAGGCAAAGGAUGUGUGGAUAAAAAAUGUGCUUAG